CGGGGAAGGAGUGACGUGCAAUUUGCCACAAUCAAACUGGCUGGAAAGGCAGCCUGUUUAAUUUUUUUGUCUCGUCUCCUCACACUAUUUCCUCAUGGAAGCUGAAGCUGAAAAGCGAAAACAAAGACUGCAAGCUCUGCGUAAGCGAAAGCUUCAAUCAGAAGCCAACGAUCAAACCAACGGAGAAAAACCCGAGCUUUCCUUUAGAAAUUACACACCAACAGAUGAGGAAUUACAAAAGAACACGAGCAUAGCAACACCUGACGAUAUCCAAAAUACUGUUGAACAAGAAACAAGAAAUAUCACCAAGGAGGCAUUGGAAGAAGCUGAACGCAUGCAUAAAGAAGAAAUUGAUCUUUUCAGCUUGGCACCGAAGCGUGCUAAUUGGGACUUAAAGCGGGACGUCGAAAAAAAGUUGGAAAGUUUAGAUAAACGAACACAACGAGCUAUUGCUGAGAUUAUUCGCGAGCGCCUUAAGUCUGAUACAAAGACUGGAACAGGCAUCGCUGACGCUGUUGCUGACGCUGAAGCAGCACAAAAGAUGGACGAAGCAGAUGAAGAUGAAGAUUAAUCGACCGUCGCCAUGAAUACUACAGCGCCGUUAACUUUUCAUGUACAUAGACUGACGAAGAAUAAAAAGAAAUUGAAUUUCAGAUACGCAGCUUGAACGCUAAUGUUAUUUAUAUGAUUGUGUUCUAUACAGGCCAAAUGAACGGAAUGGUAUACAUUUCAAAGAAUAAGUUUCAACAGAUAUAAAAUGGAUAUUGCAAUCUCAGGCAAUCCUAUGGUAUUUAGUAAAUGACA